ACGCAAUUAAAGCGUUUAGCGAAAGCCUUCCACAGACCUCAGAACCCCUCAUAUACUCUACGUAAGGUUCCAGCUCUCUCUCCAAUGGCAACCGAAGUACCGGAGCAAGUCCCUGCCGACGAAAUCAAAUCGAUGUCGAUCGCUGACUCUGAGUCGCAAGACCAGCCCGCAAGCUCGUCCAGUCCAUCUGUCCAAUUGAGUCUGGAUGAGAGGUACAACCUACUUAGGAGCAUCGCGGAGGAGUGUAUCCUAGAAGAAGAGCUCAAGAAUUUGCUGGAUAAGAAGGCCGAGCCGAUCUGCUACGACGGCUUUGAGCCCUCCGGUAGAAUGCAUAUUGCUCAGGGAGUUUUGAAGGCAAUUAAUGUGAACAAGAUGAUUGCCGCAGGCUGCAGAGUCAAGAUAUGGAUUGCCGAUUGGUUUGCGCAGCUAAACAAUAAGAUGGGGGGUGAUUUGGACAAGAUUGAGACUGUGGGGAAGUAUUUUAUUGAGAUAUGGAGGUCUGUGGGGAUGAAUCUAGACAGUGGGAAAGUUGAGUUUUUGUGGUCUUCUAAGGAGAUCAAUGCCAGGUCACAUGAGUACUGGCCGCGUGUAAUGGAUAUUGCCAGGAAAAACAAGCUUUCGAGGAUCAUUAGGUGUAGUCAAAUUAUGGGUCGUACAGAUCAAGAAGAGUUAACUGCUGCCCAGAUCCUCUACCCGUGUAUGCAAUGUGCAGAUAUUUUCUUCCUGCAGGCUGACAUCUGUCAACUCGGUAUGGAUCAACGUAAAGUGAAUGUGCUCGCACGAGAGUACUGUGAUGACAUCAAGAAGAAAAACAAGCCUAUUAUCUUGUCACACCAUAUGCUACCUGGUUUACAGCAAGGGCAGGAGAAAAUGUCAAAAAGUGAUCUAUCCUCCUCCAUAUUUAUGGAAGAUGAAGAGGCGGAAGUGAAUACAAAGAUUAAGAAGGCUUACUGCCCUCCUAUAAAGGUCGAAGGCAAUCCCUGUUUGGAAUACGUACAGUACCUCAUUUUUCCUUGGUUUCAUGAGUUCACCAUAGAGUGCAGUGAAAAGAAUGGUGGAGAUAGCACUUUCAAAGAGUUUGAAGAAUUGAGUGCUGCUUAUGCAAAAGGUGAGGUCCAUCCUGGAGACCUCAAACCAUCUUUGGCAAAAGCAUUGAAUAGAAUACUGGAGCCUGUACGAUCCCAUUUCAAGAAUGACAAAGCUGCCAAACAGCUAUUACAAAGUGUAAAGAAUUAUAGAGUCACCAGAUGAUGACAGUAAUGGAGCUAGGACUUCUCACCUUUGCCCCUACUCCUGCAAUUGUGGGGUGAAAAGAACUGUUUCUUGGGAAAAGGGGGCUCCUCUGUGCUCAUCUUGAAGCUUUUUUUAUUCAGUGUUUAUUGGCAUUAUAGGGAAAUAUACCUUCAGAGAAAAGACUAUCGAUAUCCUGUGUUGUAAAUAUUAUAAAUAUGUGGCUGUCCACAUUAAUUCUCAUCUUUUAUGUCCUUAAGAUAUAAACUCAACACCUAUAUAAAAGGGUCCAUGAGAAUGAAUAAUACAUACUUCUACCUCCA